CUGUGUGGAAGUUUCCCCGCAAGUUGAGAAAGAGAAGAGGACUGCAGAGACUAGAGCGGCACAAGUCACUGAGAUAAAGGGGAAACAAAAAGCUGAGAUUUACGCGUUAAUGUGUCGAGGUCUUCCGUACAAUUAAACCAGGAGCUCUUGUUGGCGUUUUGGGGAUUAACACCAAGAGUAACUUUAGUCGUUAUGGCAGGCUACAACUAUUGAUGGACUUUUGAAAAAAGACCAUUGACUGACUGAGUGGAGACCCCCCCCCCCAUCCCCCCCUCCUCAACACAUACAGCCCCUAUGCUCAUCAACCUGACGGUGGCCAUCAAGGAGUCUCGGGCCUUUCAUGGAACGCAGCCUGCCCACCCCGCCGUUGCCCCUGACACUGCAGGAGUGACAGCCAUGGAGUCGCGUCCGCCGCCUCCCCAGGCGACUCCACCACCACCUCCACCACCUCCCCCUCCGCCCCCUCCGCCACCACCUCCCGGGUCCUCCUCGCCGUUCAGCCGGGCCGACAGCGCCCGUCGGAGCCGGCUGAGGAAGCUGAACUGGGAGCGCAUCCCCAAGGAGAAGGUGGAGGGGAGGAAGAGCGUGUGGAACGGGGCGGCGCCGGGCGAGGACGAGUUCCCCAUCGACCUCCACUCUCUGGAUGAGCUCUUUAGUCAGAAGGACAGCAAGCCUCCGGACAGAACCAGCACCCUGAGGCGCCGGUCUGCUCUGCUGCGCUGCCGAUCCCCGCAGGGCACCUCAGAAGAGAUUUCCCUGUUGGACUCCAAACGCAGUAUGAACAUUGGAAUAUUUCUACGGCAGUUUAAGAUGCCUGCAAAUGAGAUAGUGGAGGACAUCAGGCGUGGUGCUGGAGACCGCUAUGGAGCCGAGAAGCUCACAGAGCUCUGCAAAUUGUUGCCUGACAAGGAGGAGGAGUCCCGGCUAAGGAGGUUCAGUGGGGAGCGGAGUUGGCUCGGAGAGCCUGAUCUGUUCCUGCUGCUGUUGGUGGAAGUCCCCAGUUUUCGGCUUCGUCUGGAUGCCAUGAUCCUGCAACAAGAGUUUGACCCUGCUGUGACCUCUCUGUGUGUGGCAGCCAGAUGUCUGAGGGAGGCGGCCAGAGAGCUGCUGAGUUGUCCUGAAUUACACUCUAUCCUUCGUUUGGUGCUGAAAGCAGGGAACUACAUGAACGCGGGAGGAUAUGCAGGGAACGCUGCUGGUUUCCGGAUUUCAUCGCUGCUCAAACUGGCUGACACCAAGGCCAACAAGCCGGGUAUGAAUCUGCUGCAUUUUGUUGCAAUGGAAGCUGUGAAAAAGGACCAGAGUUUACUGUCGUUUCCCAGCCAAAUAGACCAUGUUGGCUCCGCCUCCAGGUUGAGUGAGGAGUCUGUGGUGGAGGACUUGUCCAAGUUAAAAAGCAGAAUGGUAGCCCUCAAGGCAAACCUCCAAACUGAUGCAGAGAUUCAACAGUACACAAAGCUUUUCCUAGAGGUGGCUGAGGAGCGUCUGAAAGAGGCAGAGGAUGAGGUGGAGGGCAUGAGGAUGUCCAGUCAGGCUCUGGUGGAAUUCUUCUGUGAAGAUGACACCUUCAAACUCGAGGAGGCGUGCAGGGUCUUUAAUUUAUUUUGCCUGCGCUUCCAACGAGCUGUCCAGGAGAAUGCAGAGCGGGAGUUGAAGGAGCAGAAACGUCUGGAGCGCCAACGGGACAUGGUGGAAAAGCGCCGCUCCCUGGCUGUUUGCACGGGUCUGGAUCCGGGCCUGAGCCUCGGCAGAAAGCCUCAGAGUCAGGAGAACCAAGGGGAGCUGGAGAAACUGUUGGAGAAGAACUUGAGCUGCACCUGGAGUCGGCGUAGCCUGAAAAGCUCCGAGUCCCGCAGACAUCUCCAUCACCUGCACGGCGACGGCCAUCUCCACAACUCAUCGGUGCUCAAGAAAUUCCCCGAGCUCGGCAGCAGCCCCACGUCCACCGGUUAUGACUCCAACAGCUCUUACGAACACGAGACCGCCGCUGUACUUUGUACCUCCCCAGAGAGUGAUGGCACAUGCUUCCCCAUCCACCAAGAACCCAUUACGGGUCGAGGGAGCAGGCCAGAGGUCAAGUGGGCUGCCAACAGAAGCAUGGACGCGGUUCCGGACCCGCACAUCGGCAUGUUUGGUCACCCUCCGCACAGAUGUGGCUCCACAGUCGAGCAGCUCGGGCCCGAGAGCAUUUCUUAUGGACUAGAAGGCCAGUCGAAGACACCGGGACUUCAAAAAGAAGCCGAGAUUUCACACGCGUUUCCGGCGACCGGUGAAUCUUGUAAAAACUCUGCUGCUGAACCAACCGAUGAACCCGUCCUUUGUGUUAAAAGCCAAACCCCCACCCAUAGGCAGAGGUUUGGCCUGCCAGGUACAGACGAGACUCGGACCGUUCAGGGUACACCUAAUGGCUCUUGUGUGAAUGAGUCCGUACAUCACUCUCCUCACACACUUUCUCACGGUGGCAGCAGGUCUCGAUCAUGUGUAAAUGCUCCAGAGCGCCUUCGGCCCCAAUCGCAGGCGAGCGAGACGCCAAGUGCAACGCCAAGCGGUGUGGCGCCUUUGCCCGGUGUAGGUUUGACAAAGCCCCCAAACACAGAAGGGGCGUGCACACCUGCGGAGGGAGGAUGGACGCCCUCCAGUCAACCGGAGUUCAGCGAAUCGCAGCGAGAGGGGUACUCUGACUUGCCACGUCCCGAGAGGGAAGCGGUGGGGCCGUACUCCCGCGUGGGCGGAAACCUCGAGUGCCACACUCUGGUGAGAGGCCUCCGUUCCUACGACGCCCUGUCACCCGCAACCUCCCCGCUCCCACGAGCCGCCCCGAGCCACUGCUCCAAGUGGAGGAGAGAGAGGGAGGGUGACCUCCGAGCGGAGCUAACGCCGGGGUCUCCUGCGUCGAAGGAGGAGACUCGAAGCGUGAAGAUCCCCGUGCGAAGUGGAAUAGGGGCCAAAAGGGGACUGGUGUCCCGCGUAGGACCUUCCAAUAGCAGUAGCAUUCCCAGGGCGCGCUCCAAAACCGAGCCUUCACAUGGAGCUCCGACCUCCGCGAACCCACGCCCUCCCAGCAGGCUGUCUGGUCCUAGCAGCGCGUCCAUGCGCUCGUCGGUGCCUGCGGCGGCGGCGGCGGCUCCGGCAGAUGUUAAGCGGAGCAGUAGCACGCGGGAGAGGACUGUGCGCGAGCCCCGCGCCGCAGGGACUCCCGCCGUAACCCGCGGGACCUCAGACGGAUCGGAACCGGAGAAGGUCCCGGGCGGCACGCGCCCAGCGUUCGUCAGAGGAAGCCCUCUCCGCGUGUCGAAAAGACUCGCCCCGACCUCGGAGACGCAGGCGCCCUGCCAGCCCCGCGCCGCCCACAGCCCGUUCUCUGCCACGGCCAAGACCGUGCGCACGGCUGUCAUUUCUGCCGCCCUGAAUAAAACUGCCAAGACGACAGGCACCAGCCCCUCUCCUGCCAUCUCUAAAAUCCCCACAGUCUCUAGGAUGCCUGGUCCCAGAAUGCUGCGAGCUACUGCAGCUUCGCCAUUGUGGCGAUGAUGAUGAAUACGUGCUUCUUAUCUCUUUUAAAGGCCUUUUCACACUUUUGACGCUCUCAUCGACUUCAGCCUAAUAUUAAAAAAAGUGUUGUUAUUCAUGAGUGUGCAUCACAUUUUAAUCAGAACUUGGUUAACUUUUUCUAUGAAGUUCCACGUUAUAUAUUUAUGUAAGAGGGAGCCGCACUUGGGGCACCGGUGACAAUGAAUCUCAUGUGCUUCUCUCAAUAGCAGAAUAAAUCCUACCUCCUUUUUACACACACAUUUGUGUCCUUUGCAGGCAAUAGGAUACCACAGGACCAGGCGUCUUACAAUAACUCUUCACACAGAUAAAACGGCAUCAAUAGGAACAUUAGUAAAUAGGUCCAUAUUCAACCAGUCAGUUGAAAAACAUUACAUUUGGGAAACUGUUUCAUUCUCUUGACAAAAGUAGUUUUGUCCAAAUGUUUUGAAUGAUGUGACCCCCUCCGCUAAGUGGGACUGUACAGUCUCACUAAACUCAACAAUGGACUCGGUACAAUAUUGACCUGUUCAUCCUAUUGUGGAGAGGGCUCAUUGUUCUAAUGCACUUUAAAAACUGCAAGGAGAUGAUUACUAUAAUUUUUCUAAUUUUGUAUCAAAAGAUUAUAUAACUUAAUUGAAUAGCCUUGGUUGUUAUUCACUGUUUUAUCUGGAUUUAUUCAAAAAUAAGAGAAGAUGAAUAAAGAUGGUAUU